AUGGCGGCUACCACGAGGGGUUGUGUAACGUGGUCCUUGUCAAAAUUAACCCGAAAAUUCCUGCACAAAAACAACCUAAAAACCCUCAAGAACUCCACAUAUUGCACAAGAGCGGCUUUAGUAGAGAAAUACAACUUAAAGCGGAGAAGUAACACCGUAAAAAAUUACAAAUACUUCACAGAAAAAAACGUGGCUGAGAGAGUAGCCAAGGUUUUGGAUGUCGAGGGUAAGCUGGUUAUCGAAACUAGUCCAGGUCCUGGGUUAUUAUCGAGGGAAUUAGUCAAAUGUGGUGCGAGGAAAGUCGUUGGACUAGAGCCUGAGAAACGGUUCCUUCCUCGUUUACGAGAAAUUCAAAAUGAAGUUGGCGAAAGAAAUUUUGAGCCGUUGUUCGCAGACUUCGCGAAAAUAGACCCUCAUUUGAUACCAGAUCAGAAUACUACUAAACCUCGGGUCUGUAGAGAGCCUGCUAUCGCCUCAAAGGAAUUGUUCAAGGAUUUUGAGCCUGUAAGUUGGGACUCUGAUCAAAUACCAGUAAAAUUUGUUGGGAUCGAAGGAGGAAAAACUAUUGCUUCUACAACCAAGGUUCUCAUAAGCUACUUGGCAAGGAUUCCUACUCGAGAGAGCAUUUUUGAAAUGGGUCGAUGCGAAUUAGCCUUCUUUUAUACAGAAGACAGACUGGAAAGGCUGCUUGCUAGACCAGGCAGCCGGUACUACAACAGGUUGGCAAUCAUGGCUGCAAUAUUUUGCGACAUCAAUGUCCUACAUAGAGAACCUUGCUCGUCAUUCGACCCUUUUUUUCGUAAAGACAGUAGAAGUGAUCUUCACUUGGUCAGUAUUGUUCCGAAGAAGAAUAUAAAAGUCUCAAUACCUGCAGAUUCCUUACCAAUUAUUGGCUAUUUCAUUCGAAUUUUGAUGAUCAAGCCAAAGCAGCCAUUGGUUACAGCAUUGGAAGGGAUCAGCCCUGGUUGUCAUGACAUUGUCAGGCAGCUGGGUUGGUCUAGUGACAUACGAGCAUGCGACUUAACACCAGAAGAAUAUGGUCUACUGAUAAACGAGUUCUUUCACUGGGAUGCCAAUUCAUCACUUGAAUUCUUCUAUUCUAUUGGAAGACCCUAGAGGAAUAAAUUCAUAAUGAUCAUUGUUGUAUAAAAGAUUUUCAUAUCUGGAUGUUUCAUGCUAAGCUCUUUCAAUCUGCAUCAAGGUCAGCCAAGAUUUGCUGUAGAACAGCUAUUUUAUUAAAAUGCUGGACUUCACAUGACCCAUACACAAUGAAAACAAUAAAAAUAAUGAUGCAUAAUAAGACAGUCCUCUUUUAUGUCAAUUUUAGUUUUGGCUUGUGUGAAGUUCAGUAUUUGCAAAAUAUUGAAUUUUCUUGAACAUUGAAACGAUCUUUGGAUUGAUUUAAGGGGGAUUUUAUUUAU